AGAUAUAUAAAGAAUCGGGCUGGUAGUAUAUAGGACGACGACGAUCCGGCGCUGGAGCUGCUGGAGGAGCUCAGUCAAGUGCUGACGGUGGGAACGGCCAGGAGGCCGCCGGAUGUGUGUUGUGCGUGUCGUGUGACUUAACAAUCAUUCGUUUUAUUUUUUUAAAUCGUCGAAAUCUUUUCGUCUUUUAAUUUUCCCGACCGAAACAAAUUAUUCAAAUCAAUUUUUCAUUCGAGAAUGAAGUGCGGCUAAUAUUUUUAGUGUGUCGUGUUGUUAUCCAUUUGCCAAAAAAUAAGUCGAUCCAGUUUGAUAUUAGUAGUUUGUUGAAAAAUUAAUUUGAAAGAAAUACCUGCGCAAUAAUUGUUGACGUAAUAGAAUAAGAAAAAAUGGGGGAAAACAGAUUUCUGUUGGUUGUGGGAUCCUUUGUCCUGGCCCUCCAUUGGCAAGGCUCUUCCUGCCAGCAACAUCAGGAGGAGUCGACUGGCUAUCGACUGGGAGGCCAACGACCGACGGAUAACAUCACAGUCUUGGUUGCCGACAGUCUCAGCCGCCAAGAUGAUGACGUUUCCAUCACCAUGGGCCCGUUCGUUCCCUAUCAGGAAUCACGUCCGGCUCAUCAUCCAUCAUGGAAGCCGCUCGUCCUAGACGGAGAUGAGCAGCCGAGAGUUCGACGUGACGAUUCUUCCACUUCUUCAAAUCACAACAAUAAAGGACGUCCAGCUGUCCAGGAGGAGCACAGUCUCAAGGACAACAGUCGGCUCCUAGUUCAGACCCUAAACGGACUGGUGCGAGGAACGACCAAAACGGCUCUAGGCGACACUGUUGACGUCUUCCUGGGCAUCCCGUUUGCCAAGCCACCUUUGGGCAACCUGCGAUUCAAGAAGCCCGUCCCUAUCGAUCCGUGGCAGGGGGUCUACGACGCCCAGCACUUGCCCAACUCGUGCCAGCAGGAGCGCUACGACGUCUUCCCAGGCUUCCGCGGCGAGGAAAUGUGGAAUCCCAACACGCCCAUCUCCGAGGAUUGUCUCUAUCUCAAUCUCUGGGUGCCGACCAAACUGCGGCGCAGUCCUACCAACAACAGUCACGGCAACGGGACCGUUCUCAUCUGGAUCUACGGUGGCGGAUACAUGAGCGGAACUUCCACCCUGGAAGUCUACGACGCUCUGAUCCUGGCCGGAACCAACGACAUCAUCGUCGUUUCCUUCAAUUACCGCGUGGGCGCCUUCGGCUUCCUCUACCUGGACGACGAGGACGCCCCUGGAAACAUGGGACUCUACGACCAGGCCCUGGCCAUCAAGUGGAUCAAGGACAACAUCCGAUCCUUUGGCGGCGAUCCUAAUUCUUUGACGCUGUUUGGCGAGUCGGCCGGGGCCGGCUCGGUCAGCGUCCAUCUCCUGUCGCCCAUCAGCGGCCAUUUGGCCAGGAGGGCCAUCAUGCAGAGCGGCUCGGUGAAUGCGCCCUGGAGCUACAUGACGGCCGAAACGUCGAAAAGGAUCGCCAUGGCGUUGGUCAACGACGUCGGCUGCAACUCGUCGAUGGUUGGCGUCGACACGCCGGCCGUCAUGGAGUGCAUGAGGGCCGUCGAGGCUAAAAAUCUCUCGCUGAUCCAGUGGAAUUCCUACUGGGGAAUUCUCGGCUUCCCGUCGGCGCCCACCAUCGACGGCGUCUUCCUGCCCAAACAUCCCAAAGACAUGCUCAAAGAAGGCGGGUUCUCCGAUGCGGAAAUCCUGGUCGGAACCAAUCAAGACGAAGGGACGUACUUUAUCUUGUACGAUUUCAUCCAGUACUUUAAGAAAGACGAUCCCAGCGUUCUGGAGAGGGAAAAGUUUCUCGAGAUCAUCAAUACGAUAUUCAAAACUUGGUCGCAACUGGAGCGAGAAGCCAUCAUCUUUCAGUACACCGACUGGGAUCACAUCGAGAACGGCUACUUGAACCAGAAAAUGAUUGGAGACGUCGUAGGAGAUUAUUACUUUACUUGCCCUACAAACUACUUUGCUCAGAAGUUCGCCGAGCACGGGACGAACGUCUACUACUAUCACUUCACUCAGAGAUCGAGCACGAACCCUUGGGGGCAAUGGAUGGGAGUGAUGCACGCCGAUGAGGUCGAGUACGUUUUCGGUCAUCCGCUCAACAUGUCGCGUGACUACACGACCAGCGAACGGGAACUCAGCCGCAGAGUUAUGAAAUACUUUGCCACUUUCGCCAAAACCGGGAAACCGGUGGCGGACGACACGCUGUGGCCGAUUUAUUCACGAAACGAGCCGCGUUAUUUCAUUCUGAACGGGGAAGUUCGCGGAAUCGGACACGGACCCAGGGCGACGGCCUGCGCAUUCUGGAAUGAAUUCAUGCCACUCAUCACAGCACGUCAAGGUACGAAUCAGUGCGAUCCUGACGUUCUGCUGUCUCUGCGAGGAACAGCUUCCAGCAUCCCGAAAUCUUCCGGCUGUAGUGGAAUCUUCCCGGUUAUGCUGUGCUGGUUAAUCAUGGCCAUCUACGCCAUUUAAAAAUAAUAAAAAAUGACAUUUUGAAUUGCGUUUUGUGCUGACGACGAAGUAAUAUGUGCUGAAACUAUAAUAACGAUGAAUAUUAUCCAUAUGAUUUUUUGUUCAUUUUUGAUUAGCGGCUCCUGAGCCAAAUUUGUAUUGAUCCUUUGGUCUACAUAUAAUCUUAAUUAACUCUUUAUAUAUCUCAUAUAAAACACCAACCGUUUUUUUGAUAUCAUCAUUAAUAAUAAUUCCACUCCUAUUCUACAUAUUAUUAUAUACGCGUGGCACUAUAUCCCUCCCUCCAGAUGAUGACCUCCACAGUGCUAUCGAUAUAUAUACAAAUCCACACAAAAAAAACAAAUGA